AUGACUUCCAUAACAAACACCUCAUUCAUCACACUCCUCUAUUUUACCUUCUUCAUUUCUCUACCAUUCUCAACCUUUGCCUCUUACAAUGUGUCUGCUCUCUUUGCCUUUGGGGACUCCACCAUGGAUGCUGGCAACAACAACCACUUCAACACUCCCUUUCGUGGUGACCACUUACCCUAUGGUCGUGACCUUCCUAACCAUGUCCCAACUGGGAGAUUCUCAAAUGGGAAACUAUCAACAGAUUACCUUGUUCACAUUCUAGGCCUUAAGGAUCUAUUACCUGCUUAUCUAAAUUCAAAAGUGACAGAUCACGAUUUGCUCACUGGGGUUACUUUUGGUUCUGGAGGUUCUGGCUUGGAUAACAAGACUAUAGGCAUCACCAAAGUUUUGGACUUGGCCACACAAUUUGAGAUGUUUGAGGAGGCUAUGCAGAGGAUAAGAAAAUCAGUUGGAGAAGAAAAGAGUAGAGAUAUAAUUGAAAAUGCUUUGUUUAUCAUUAGCAUUGGGACUAAUGACAUGUUGUACAAUGCAUAUUUUUUACCAGUGAGGUUGUCACAGUAUGGUAAUGUUUCACGUUACCAAGAUUUUCUACUCCAAAAUCUUCUAUCUUUCGUUCAGAGACUCUACGGAGCAGGAGCUCGCAGGAUUAUAGUAGCAGGGCUUCCCCCUAUGGGAUGCCUGCCACUACUAGUGACCUUAAACAGCAUCUUACCCGCAAAAAACUGGUUCCAGCGCGUGUGUAAUGUCCAACAGAACAGAGAUUCUCAAGGCUACAACACCAAGCUUCAGUCCCAUAUUCAGUCACUGCACGCCACUCUUAAGGGUGCCAAGGUUGGCUAUUUCGAUAUCUAUACUCCCAUCUUGGAUAUGGUCCAAAAUCCAGCCAGUUAUGGUUUUCAUCAAACACACAAGGGAUGCUGUGGGACUGGGCUCUUGGAGAUGGGUCCUAUUUGCAAUGUGCUUGACACUACUUGCCCUGAUGCAUCUAAAUAUCUGUUUUGGGAUGCUGUGCACCCUUCCCAAGCUGGAUACUGGUUUCUAACCCAAAAUGGUCGUAAAACCGUGCUUCCAUACGUUACUAGUUAA